UCUUUCGUCCGCUCCCGCUCGCAGCACAACUCACGCGAUCUCGCCUCGCGCUCAAUCCCAAACCCUAGCCAUGACGGGGAUCCGUGCCCCUGCGCCGUCGCCGGUUCCGAAGACGGCGCCUCCUCCGGAGAGCAAGUGGGUGCACGAGGGGGGCGGCGUUUCCGAUCGACUGGAGACGGAAAGAACGAAGGGGGAAGAGGAGGCCAAGCAACCGCGCGGGGCUGGCAUACCAGAAGCAGUAUGUAGGGAUCCCCUUGCUGAUGGGAGUACCCAACCUAGAUUUCAGCUAUCACCAGACAAGACCUCUCCUCACGAUCACAUUCAACAUAGGAAGGCUCAGGCAGAUGAUUCACCCUCGUUGGCUGCUAAGCAAGUGGAAGUACAUGUCCGUAAUAAGGUAACCCACCAUGAUAUCCCUGAAGGUGAGAUUUCAAAAAGAUCAUAUGUAGGACUUCCUGAAAGAAAGCAAAUAAAAGUCGAAAGAUCAAUGACUAUGGAGAUCAGCAAUCAGGUAACCAAGCAUGAUAUCCCCGAAGGUGAGAUUUCAAAAAGAUCAUAUGUAGGACUUCCUGAAAACAAGCAAAUAAAGGUUGAAAGAUCAAUAAGCAUGGAGAUCAGCAACCAGGUGCCUGUAAUACUUGAUCAUUAUCUGUACAUUCUAGCUGCAUUGCUCUCAUGUUUGGCAGAAAAUCUGGGAAUUAAGUAUUGUACAGCAACUGUUGUUCGAUCGGAUUUACAGGACAAUGAGUAUCUUCUGCGGUUAAUCAGUGAUCAAGAAAAAGCCAACAAUACCUUCGAGAGCUCCGCUGCUGAUGAGAUUAUCGAGCCUCAAAUGGCUGACCAUUUUGAUUUCAUGGACAAUCCUGAUCUAGAUCAAGCAACUGAUGCAUCAAGUGAACUAGCAGAUGAUCACCCAAUUCAUGAGAUUAUGGAGCCUCAAAUGGCUGACCAUUUUGAUUUCAUGGACAAUCCUGAUCUAGAUCAAGCAACUGAUGCAUCAAGUGAACUAGCAGAUGAUCCCCCAAUUCAGCUGUUAGGACGAAUUACAACAGUGAAGGAAUUGCUUGCAACCAGGCUUUUUGAAAAUGAGGAGAUCGUAUAUACUCAGAAAUCGGGAGAAAGGAAACAAUUGACAGGCAGAAUUGAUGGUGCAUUUUAUCGCUGCUCUUGUCACAAUGAGGUCAUGUCCGCGUCAAAGUUUGAGAAACAUGCGGGCUGUACCUCUCAUAACCAAAAUGAUCGUAUCAUGUUGUGGGGUGAGCGAUCGCUGCAUGCCAUCGUUGCCUAUCUCAAAUCUCUUGGUUCAGCUGAAGAACAACUUGCAGCAAUAUUGGAAAUGAAGAAAAAGAAUGAAGACAGGAAGGCCUCACGAGACCAAGGUUAGGUGAUUGUUCUGUAGCCCGGUGCUCUUUGUAAGGAUCUGCAAAGUGAAGACUGUUCUGUGCUUGGACGGCUGGCUGCAGAAAACGAACCGUCAGGGGGAGGAGGCUGCCUGUGAUACACUGAUACAGUGCAAAAAAACAUGUGUACACGUUUGUUCCUAAAUGUAACUGUGGUUGUAAACCUCAUUGUCCAUCGUGCCUGUAAAUGUCGUCAGGUCUUUGACACGUUACGACUA